AUGUCAAGUGAUAAUCUAAUACAGAGUCAACAAGUGGGUAGUUCCAGGGAUGUUGUAGAAGCACCACCACCAGUACCACAAUUGUCAGAAGGAAUGACGAGUACAGAGGGAUUACAAGAACGAGGACAUGAUUUAGAGAGUGGUGUUGAGGGAGAAUCCAUUGGAGGACCAAGGAGCCUUAGAGAAAGAGUCACAAGGGAGGUCAAGACCAUUGGCAGACAUUUUAACCUAUUGGAUAAACUAUUUAGAAGGAAUAUACAGAGGACGUCACAUUUACAGCACGGUGCUAGUUUCGAUGGAGUUUUUAGUAAUUUGAGUGCAAAACCCGACACAGGAUCUCGAGACGUGGUAGAGGAUGAUAAUCCACCCACGUAUGAAGAAGCGGCCAUUGAUAUGGCUCCUUCUUACUAUGGAGUGGAUGACGAUGGAUCUGGUCUAUAUUAUAACGAAAUUUGCAUAGAGGGGUUACCAACUGGGAACAUCGCCAAUUUCGUAUGGAACAUGGUGGUAAGUACAUGUUUUCAAUUUGUGGGCUUUUUGAUCACUUACAUCCUACAUACCUCGCAUGCGGCCAAGCAGGGAUCUAGAUUUGGGCUAGGGCUUACUAUGCUGGGGUACAGUUAUUCAAUGAUUCCAAACGACGUAAGGUCAAAAGUUGGUAAAGAUAAUGUAUUAGACCGUGUAGAAGUGCCAGAUCCAACUGAUUAUGACGAUUUACAUCUGUAUACUCGUCCGACUUCUCAAGAUGAAUUCCAGUCGAGUUUAAGUCGAGGUAAUACUGAGGACCAGCAAAAAUUACCAGCGUUAGCAAUAUUUGUUGGUUUGUUUGGAGCUUUCAUAUCGAUAAAGGGCAUUUAUGAUUAUGUGAUGGUGAAAAGAAUGGAAAGUAAGUAUAUGACCCAGGAGCGAGCAUAA